AAUAGACCCUCGGUUCAGGGAGGAGAAGAAGAAUAAGAAGAAGAGGGGAAUAAAGAAUAAGUAGUACCAAAAUAGUAAGAACAGGAAUAUACAAUAACUGAAACAAACUAAACAACAUGAUGUAAUAUAAAUCUGAGAAAUGGGAAAGUACAUGCGUGUUACUAGUACUACUGGUAAGAAAGGGGGAAACUCUCAACUACUUACUAAUCAUCUACCCUAAUCCUCGACCUCCACACCCUCAGCAUGAUUACUAUGACAUGGAAUUGAAUUUGAUUCAGAAAAGCUUCUUAAAGAAAUUUUAAAAGCAAUAUGGUUUGAAAUUAGUAGGAGUAUUAUUUUUACAUCCACUUAUCUAAUUAGAAUACAUUUAAUUGAGGAGAAGGCGAAAAUCCACCAAGAAGAAGUGAGAGAGAAACCUAGUAUAGUUUUUCUUUUUAUUGUUUCAAAAAUUGCUAGUAGGUAGUCGAGAGUAUUAGUGUUAGUAUAUUUUCAAAGAGAGACGUAGAAGUCAAAAAGAAAUACUUUCAGUAACACUUAUUCCAACAACACUGAAAUGGAUAUCGUCGGAAGACUUGCAACAAUUCAAGAAUCAAUUCAAGCCGUCGAAAACGAAAAAGAACAAAGGCAGCAAACCCUUUUGUUCUUUUCGUUUCGAUUUCUUACUAUCUUGUUGUUGUUACCGCUUGGUGCUAUGGUUUUUUUUUUGUGAGCCGAAGGUCUGCGUACAUAUUACCCUCCCCAGACCCCACUUGUGGGAUUGCACCGGGUUUGUUAUUGUUGUUUCAAAAAGGAAAUUUGAAUUUUCUUUUUAUCUGCUGGUUUAUUAAGAUUCUGCAAUAGAUAAUGCAUGCUAUUGUUUAGGUUGUGGUCAGGGAAAAAUUGGUGAUAUCUAAGCUUCACUAGAAAACAAUAGGCUCCUGUUCACUUAGUUCUGAAGUCUAAACCAUAUGAAAGAGCAUAUAUAAAUGGAGUAAAUUGGGCAACUACACAAAUCAAGUUUCCAAAUCCUUUUAAAGCAGCCAGUUUACAAGUGCAUAUUAACUGCAUGGAGAAGCACAUUUUCUUAUUGAUUCUUCUCUUUCUAUGUCAAUAUUACUCCAUUUUUAUAUCGGCUGCUUCCUCAAAUGAAACAGACCAACAAGCUCUGCUAGCUUUCCAAAGUCUUGUUACAAGUCCUAGUCCUUUUCUGGCCAAGAACUGGACCAAGAAUACUUCUUUUUGCUCUUGGUUUGGUGUCACUUGCAGUUCAAAAAGGCAAAGAGUUGUGGCCUUGACUCUUCCUAAUUUGCAACUUCAAGGCACAAUUUCCCCAUCUUUGGCCAAUUUGUCGUUUCUCAGAGAGCUCAAUCUUAGGAACAACUUCUUCCAUGGCAGCAUACCUUAUGACAUUGGCCACUUGCCUCGCUUGCGAGUGAUUGAUAUUCAAGACAAUCAACUCCAAGGAAGUAUUCCAACAAGUCUAUUUCAACACCAAAAAGUUCAAACAAUAUCAUUGGCUUUAAAUAAACUCAGUGGUGAAAUGUGGAAGGGGCCAUGGUAUGUACCAGAACUCAGAGUCUUAAAUCUCUGGAACAAUAGCUUCAUAGGUAUAAUUCCUCCUUCUAUUGGAAAUUCUACAAAAUUGAUGAACUUAAGUUUGUCUGGGAAUGGAAUCAACGGCAACAUUCCAAAGGAGAUUGGUAAUCUGAGCCAGCUUGCAGUGUUAUCCUUGUUUGAUAAUCAAUUAACAGGUUCCAUUCCUGCAGCACUGUUUAAUAUCUCCUCAUUAAUUAUCAUAUCUCUAGCAAGAAAUAGCCUUUCUGGUCCUCUCUUGCUUGAUGAAGGGAAGAUUUUGUCAAAUCUAGAGUUUUUAGGUGUAUCUUACAACCAAAUUUCUGGUCGCAUUCCUUCCAACAUUUGCCAACUUGCAGAGCUGAAAAUUUUGUCCAUAUCUUUCAACAACAUAAAUGGAGAAAUACCCAGAAAUAUUGGUUGUUUAGCCAAUCUCGAGGAGUUCUAUAUUGGUUAUAAUCCAACAAGUGGGACUAUUCCUGCAUCAUUGGGCAAUAUUUCGACUCUGCAAAAUCUUAAUGGUAUGAACAAUAGUCUACAGGGGCCAAUUCCUCCAGAAUUAGGGAAGCUAUCCAAUUUGAGGCAAUUAAGCUUUGAUCUAAAUCAUAAUCUUAUUGGUCAAAUUCCAGAUGCUAUUUUCAAUAUAUCUUCUUUGGAACUCGUUGGUUUCAGUUUCAACAACCUCUCGGGAAGAAUUCCAGCCACUACAGGUCGUCGUCUUCCAAACCUUAGAGGAAUUUACUUGUCAUACAAUCAGCUUGAAGGGGAAAUUCCUCCGUAUAUCACAAAUGCUUCCAAGCUUAACGCACUGGCGCUAGAUAUGAACCUUCUCACCGGCACUAUUCCUACAAAUUUGGGGAAUCUUCGUGAGCUGCGAGGAUUAUUCCUAUUUGGUAAUCAACUUAACAAUGAACCAAGUGAAUAUGAGCUACAAUUCUUAAAUUCAUUGGUGUACUGUAGGAUGUUGCGAUCUCUAGCAGUGGGUUCCAAUCUGUUGAAUGGCAUUCUGCCCAGUACUAUUGGGAAUCUUUCGUCUACUAUUGAAAUAUUUCAUAUAGCAGAUGCACACAUCAAUGGUCUCAUCCCCAAAGGUAUAGGCAACAUGAGCGGACUAACGAAACUAAACUUUCAAGACAACAACUUGAUUGGAAGUAUUCCUUAUGAGGUUGGUAGGCUUAAAAAACUCCAAGGGCUAUUUUUAAGUAACAAUAAAUUACAGGGGCGUAUUCUAGAUGUAGUAUGUGAUUUAUCUAAUUUGGUUGUAUUACAUUUGCCUGAAAAUGAGCUAUCUGGGGUGAUUCCAGAAUGCAUAGGAAAUCUUAGCAUGCUACAACAGCUUGAUUUGGCGUCUAACAAUUUUUUAUCAAAGCUUCCUUUGAGCCUUUGGAAAAUGAGUAGUCUUCUCACACUAAACAUGUCACGAAGUUCCAUACAAGGAGAAGUUCCACCAGAUAUUGGAGAACUGAAGGCCAUUGUAGCAAUAGAUCUUUCUGGCAACCACUUUUCAGGCAUGAUACCAAGUAGAAUAGGGGACCUCGAGAACAUGCUGUAUCUUUCCCUAUCAAACAACUCCUUUUUGGGCUUAAUUCCAUUAUCCUUUUCGAGCCUGAUAAGCUUGGUAUUCCUGGAUUUGUCUUUAAAUGCCUUGUCUGGUAGUAUUCCUAAGUCAUUGGAAAACCUAUCACACCUUGCAAGUAUCAAUGUUUCAUUUAAUGAUUUAGAAGGUGAAAUACCCAGUGGUGGUGUGUUUGCAAAUUCUACUUCACAAUCUUUCCUAGGGAACAAAGGUCUAUGUGGAAUGCAAGUACUGGGGGUUUCUGCUUGCACAAUCACUAAUUCUGGACAACGAUCAAGGUCUAAGAAGCUUGUGCUAAAAGUCGUUACUCCGGUGGUUAUUUCAUCUUUUAUAAUAUUCUUGUUGGCUUCAAUUUGGAUAAUGAAACGACAGAAGAAGAAAGGGAAGCCUAAAGAUGUGGAAAAGGUACCGGAGAUCAGGACUUAUCAAUUGGUUUCUUAUCUCGAGAUUCAACGAGCAACAAAUAAUUUUGAUGGAUCAAAUUUAAUUGGUGUGGGAAGUUCUGGUUCUGUGUACAAAGGCACAUUAUCUAGUGGAAUUGUGGUGGCAAUAAAGGUUCUGGAUUUACAAAAUGAGGAAGCAUGCAAAAGGUUUGAUACUGAAUGUGAAGUGAUGAGAAAUGUUCGGCACAAAAAUCUUGUCCCGGUGAUUACUACUUGUUCUAGUGAAUACAUAAGAGCCUUUGUUCUGCAAUAUAUGUCCAACGGAAGUCUUGAUAAUUGGUUGUACAAAGAAGAUCACCACUUGAACCUUCAUCAAAGAGUCACCAUAAUGCUUGAUGUGGCUUUGGCAGUUGAAUACCUACAUCACGGUCAUCACACCCCCAUAGUACAUUGUGACCUAAAGCCAGCCAACGUUCUUUUGGAUGACGAAAUGGUGGCAUAUGUUAGUGAUUUUGGCAUCUCCAAAAUUUUGGCUGUAAGCAAGUCCAUGGCUCAUACCGAGACAUUAGGCACUCUUGGUUAUAUUGCACCAGAAUAUGGCUCGGAGGGAAUAGUGUCCACUAGUGGUGAUGUUUACAGCUAUGGAAUCAUGUUGAUGGAGGUUCUGGCGAAAAGAAGGCCAACAGAUGAAGAGGUAUUCAAUGAAAAUCUUGGCUUAAGGGAGUGGAUAAAACGAGCAUUUUCAGGGACAAUGAUGGAAGUUGUGGAUGCCAAUCUUUUUCUUGAGGAAGAACAGGUCAAUUCUAAAAGUGAAAUUUGCAUAGCGUCCAUGAUACAAUUGGCUUUGGACUGCACAAACGAAAGGCCAGAAUCAAGGAUAGCCAUGAAAGAUGUAGUCAAGAGGCUUCACAAAAUCAAGAACACAUUUUUGGCAACAUAGAAGUUAGCAUCUCUUAAGGUGGUGUGCUUUCUGAGCUGCAAGUUAAUAUGUUACUUUUUAGUUACCUGAUAUCUUUAAUAUAGUCGUCCGUACUACUUGGAGUCAUGUACAGUUCUUAAUUUUGAGUGUUGAAUUCCCUCAUGUUGUAAGUUUCAUAUUUGAGUGAUUUUGAACCAGUUUUACCUCUUUUUAAUAGUAAUUGUGGUUUGAGUGCUUGAACCAGCAUUAAAUCAAGACA